GAUUGGAGUUUGACGAGCAGGUGGUUAAGUUAGGCAAGCACACGAAGCUUCGUCUGGCCGCAACGUUCAUAUUCGGUCGGACAGGAUCGUUCGGGAGCAUGAUGGUGCUGGGGAAGGUCGCAACUCCCAGCGCGUUAGGGGCCAGCAAGAGCGGGAAGCUGGUCGUGCCGAAGCCGGUUAACCUUCCGUCGCUGCGACGGGAGCACGCGGGCAACGAUCCGUCCGUCUCGCUUGUUCCCGCGAGCAGCACAGUCUCAGGAUGGCAGAGACCGCUAGGAGGGAAGCCGCAAGGAGAAGGGACGUCUGCAGCUACUAAUUCACUAUCAGGAUCUUCAUCAGCAUCAGCGACAGCAGCAACAGCAGCAGCGGCAGCAGCAGCAGCAUCAACAGCAGGAGUAUCAGCUGCAGUUCGUUCGUCAGGUGCGACACACGAGGCGCGACGGUGCGUCUCGCUCUCUCCUCCUCCUCAAGGUUUCGACUUCCCGCCGAUUUCAGCAGCAGGAACAGCAGCAGCAGCAGCGGUCUCUGGAGCCGAGCCGAAUGGCGCCUCCUCGGCGCACCGACCUGGGGUGUACCAACCACCAGGCUCACGUGGCGGUAGCAGUGCCACGUCAGCCUCCACGUCAGCUGUUUCGGCAGUUGGCAGCACCGGGGUUGUUUUACGUGGGGAGGAUUUCCCCUCAUUGGAUGAUGCGACAAAGAAGCCAGCAAGCGGUGUUACGGCGAGCGUCGGACGCGGUAAGGAGCAACAGGGCAAGAAGAAGACGAAGGCAUUAGAGGCUAAUAACGGGGAUGAGCUGGCGCGAUCGGCGCAGGAGCGCGGGGGAGGGGACGAGGCAGGUCGGGCGACGGGACGGUCCCAGGGUAACGAUGCGGCGACGAAACGGGUUACCAGUGGGCGAUGGGGUGACGAAGAAUCGGAUCACGAGCAGAACGAACGAGAUCCUCUGUCCGGAUCACAGCCUAACAAGGCGCCGGAUUAUAUUGCCAGAGACCAAGGAGGCGAGGCUUCUGGCGAUUCCGCUACUUUUGGUGGAGAUAGGAUGGACAGACAUCCCCGUUAUAAGGAGAACGAGAGACCGACCAGGCAUGGCGAUGGCAUGCUUCCGCCGAAUCGGUUCGGUCCGCCACCCGGGGGAGGCUUCCGCCGACCUUCCCCCCCGCGCAGAGCAUGGGCGGACGAUGAGCGGGACCUUGCGCCACCCCAACCCUAUCCGCCGCCAGGGGGGAGAAUGCCUUUCCCGCACAGAUUUGACGGUCCGAGGGGUCACUUCGACGGUUAUGGUCCCCCCAUGGGUGGAGAUCCGGGGGGGUUUCAUGCUAACGGAUGGGAUUCUAGAGAGGGCUUCCGCGAUUAUGGGCCGAGAAAUGGCGCCAGGGAGUGGCACGGGGAUCCGCGGCACGGCGAGGCGGCCAUGUGGCGCAGGGAGGACGCGCACGGAUGGGCGGAACGGCCUCCCGCGGGGAGAGGCGGAAGAGGGCCGGGACCAGGGCCCCCAGGACCCCCAGGCCCCCCGGGUCCGCCGGGUCCGCCAGGCCCCCCGCCCCACCCAGGCCUCCCAGGUCCCCCGGGUCCCCCAGAUCCCCGAGGCCCCCUGGGACAAGCGGGGCGGCCAGGGCCGUUAGGUCCGCCGGGGCCGCCGGGACUGCUAGGGGCGCCGGGGUCAGGAGCAGCAGGGGCCCCGCCAGGGCCGCCUUUCCCGGGUGAGUAUGAGCGGUACGGCCCAAUGGGGGAUGGGGGGAGAGGCAGAGGGGGUAGUGGCGGUGGGUACGGUCCGAGGGGGGAAUUUGCCAGGGGUUUCGGGCCAGGCCAGGGUUUUGGCCCCGGUCAGGGUUUUGGACCCAGUCAGGGGUUUGGUCCUGGUCAGGGUUUUCCGCCGGGUCAGGGUUUCAGGCCGAAUAGGGAAGGAGGAGGGAGGGGCAUGGGCCCGGAAGUUUUUGCCCAUGGGCCGAGGCUGGAAUUGCAGUCCCUGCCACGUGUAGGGGUUGAACCUCCGCCUAGCCUUGGGCUUGGUAUGCUGGGGCAGCUGAGGCGAAAGAAAUUGGAGGGCGAGGGUGGGCGGUCGGAGUUUCGAGAUGUGGAAAGAGAGCGGUUUGAAGCGGAGCUAGAGAUGCUGCAGUCGCAGAAAGAUAAGGAGAAGGUGAGGAAGGAGGAGGAGGAGCAGCGGACGGCGGAGGUGGCGAGGCAGCAGCAGGAGGAGGCGGUGAGGAGGGGAAGGGAGGAGGAGGAGAAGAGGCGUAGGGUGGAGGAAGGGGAGAGAGAGGCGGCGAGGAGGGUUGCGGUGGAGGAGGAGGAGGCGGUGAGACGGGUGGAGGAGGAGAGGAGGAGAGUGCAGGAGGAGAAGCGGAAGAUUCAGGAGGAGGAGGAGAGGAGGAAGGAGAAUGCGAGGAGGAAGUUGGCUGAGUUGGAGGAGCGCAUUGCAAGGAGGAAGGCUGAGGAGGAGGAGAGGAAGAGAAGGGAGGAGGGGAAGGAGGAGGAGGGGAAAGGGGGGGAGGAGGGAAAGGGAGCAGAGGAGCAGUGUGGGGCGCUGAUUGGUGCUGGGCUGGAGCAGCAGGGUGGGGCCUCGGUGAGUGCGGCGGAGUUGGGUCUUGAGGAAAAGAGUGCGGUGCUUGGGGAGGGGCGAGAACAUGCGGUGGAGAUGCAGGGGCAGGAGCAGGGGCAGGAGCAGGGGCUUGGGCAGAAUGGGCAGAUUGAGCAACAAGGAAAAGUCGCACCAGAAUGUUCUCAAGAGGAAGGAGCUGCAUUUGGGGCUAAGCCUGCUGAUCGUGAUGGCGGCAGCAUCCAGGAAACUUCUGAGUCAACUCAAGAGGCUGGUGGUGAGGCUGAGAGCGGUCAAGAGAUUGCAGAUAAGGACGAGAAGAAUGGAAUUGUUGCUGACGUGGCAAAAGGUGACACGUGGGCGGAUCGCGAGGGGGUUUGUGGUGAGGAGAAAGCGAUAGGGGGCGAAGUGGGAGGGGUGGGUGGGGAGAGGUUUCAAGAGGAGAUGAAUCAGGUCGGGGGAGAGGGAGGAAGAGGGGUUGAGGCAGGGGAAGGAGGCGACUCCCAGCUGAACCUGCACAAAGCACAGCAGCAGGUGCAGCAGAAGGAGCACCAGGAGCUGCAGCAGCAGCAGCAGCAGCAGCAGCAGCAGCAGCAGCAGCAGCAGCAGCAGCAGCAGCAGCAGCAGCAGCAGCAGCAGCAGAAGCAAGAGGAGCAGCAGAAGCAGCAGGUGGGGCCUUUGGCUGGGUCCGCCCCUGUCCCAUCACUCUAUCACGUGAGUGCGGAUGCGAGGCAGAAAGGCAUGGGCGAGGGACAGCAAGACGCGAGUCAGCAAGGCAACCACACAAGUACUCAGCGGCUCUUUGACCCUAGUGUUCGCACGGAAGGGCCUUCGGCUGGGAAGUAUGCGGGUGGUGAGACUCAUAUGAAAGGCGAAGGCUCAGACCGGGCCGGGUUUGGGUUUUCGCCGUGGAAUCAGCAUCAGCUGCAGCAGUACCAGCAGCAGCAGCAGCAGCAGCAGCAGCAGCAGCAGCAGCAGCAGCAGCAGCAGCAGCAGCAGCAGCAGCAGCAGCAGCAGCAGCAGCAGCAGCAGCAGCAGCAGCAGCACCAGGUGCAGGGACUUUCGUUUCCUGCGUAUGGGUUUCCUGGCCCAGGCCCUCUCUUGCGCUCCCAUCAGUUCGCCCCACCAUACCCCCACUUCCCUGCGAUGCAGCAGCAGCAUAUGCACCCCCACCCCUUCCACCAGCCAUUCCCGGGGCAGCAGCAGCAACAACAGCAACAGCAGCAGCAGCAGCAGCAGCAACAGCAGCAGCAGCAACAGCACCAGCAGCAACAGCACCAGCAGCACCAGCAACAGCAGCACCAGCACCAGCAGCACCAGCAGCAGCAGCAGCAGCAGCAGCAGCAGCAGCAGCAGCAGCAGCCACCGUUGCUGCACCGGCCGCCUGGGCUUGCUCCUGGGUUUCUCGCCCAUGGGAAUUCUGGCCGCGGCUUUGCCUCAUUUUCUGACAAUACCCCAGCAGUGGGAGCAGUGGGGCAAGCGGGGCCAGUAAAUUCAGUGGGUACUGUGAAUUCAGUUUCAGCUGGAGGAGCAGCAGGGGAUGGAGCAGGAGGAAGAGGAGCAGCAGGAGGAGGAAGGGAAAGUGGUGGUGUGGCAGCGGGUAGGGCGGGGCACCAAAGGAAGGACGGGUUUGGAGGGAGAGAAAUUGGUGGUGGGAGAGAGGCAGGCAGUGGAAAAGAGAUGGGCAGUCAGGGACAGAAACAGUUCGCAGAGAUUGGGAAUGGUGGUGGGGUGGUGGUGAGGGACAGUCGAUGGGGAGAGUCUGGGUCCGGGCAGUAUAUGGAAUGGAGAAGGAUAGGCCCUGAACCUGCUCCCGGUAUUUUUCUUGGGCAGGCUCGGCAGCCUGGAGCAGAGCAGUGGCAGGGGCGGGCUGGUUUCGGGCAGGAGGAAAUUUCUGGAGGAUCAGGACGGGCAGAAGGGCGAAAUUGGGCAAAUCAACUGAAUGGAGUAGGAGGGAGGGAUGGGCAUGAGAGGAGGGGAGAGAUGGGGCAGCAGAUAUGCAAUUUAGGGUUGCAGGUGGGGAAGGUUGAGGGAGAGGGGAGGGCAGAGGGGAGGGAGAGGGGAGGGAUGGGGGGGAUGGGUGUGGAGCAUGACUCGGAAAUGAGUGAAUCUGAGAGUCUUCCUGCUGAUGUGGUGAAUGAAUUGGGGGCGCUGCUGUCAGAUCGAGACGAGGGUAUGUCUGAUAGAGAGGAGGGACUCCUGGGUGAUCAUGAGCGGGAGGUGAUAGGUGGAGAAGAGAAGGAGAAGAUGGGGGGAAACGAAGGACCUGAUUCUGUUCAAAAUGAGGGAGCGGUGGGUGAUCAGGGAAUUGUGGGUGGUAAGGGAGGGGUGGAAGCGGAGGGGAAGCAGCUUUCAGUGAGAGAUGGAGAGAGGGCAAGUGGGGUUGAAGAAAGUGGGAGCGGGACUGCCCCUGCUGCUGCAUCUGCUACACUGGCUGCACCUGCUGCUGCAUCUGCUGCUAGUGCUGCUUCCAAGCCAAUCCUCCCGUCCCUGAUGCUUUCUUCUGGAGCCCCUUUUGUCAUUCAAAUUGGUUCUGUACCUCUCACUGUUGGCGGUCCUGCCCAGCUGUCCGGGCAGAGUGAAACUUCUGGAGCGUGCCCUGUGCCGAUGUUUCAGUUCGGGCAGAUUGGGGUGCCGGCAUCAGUGUCACCUCCUCUGCAUGCCGGUGGUCGACCCACUGGGUCUGAUGUUUCAGGGAUAAGCACGCAAAGAGACAUGCCACAGCAGCCGCCACUGAACCAGCAGCAGCAACCACCAAAGCAGCAGCAGCUGCCACCACCAAACCAGCAGCAACAGCAGCAGCAGAAGAGUGAGGGAGCAGCUGAUCAGGUAGCUUCGAGGAAGGAGGUACCUGUGCAAAGAGUGGUGGCACUAGAGCCGUUGCUGCCCCUUCCAGUUUCAGCGGCUGUUCCUGGCAGUGGUGGGGCAGCAGCAGCUGCACUGCCAGCAGCAGCAGGAUCGACAGCGGCAGCACGAGUAGGAGCAGGAGUAGGAGAAGGAGCAGGAGCAGGAGCAGGUGGGGCAGCAGGAGCAGCAGCACCAGGAGCAGUGGUGGUGGGAGGGACGGUAGGCGGGGAGCAGAAGGAUGGUGCUGGUGCAGGUGUGAUGGUGGCUGAUCGCAGGCAAGCAGUGGGGCGGGGAGGGGGGGUUCAGAGGAAGGGGAAGGAGCAGCUGAGGCAGGGAGGAUUCGAGGGAGCCUCGGUUGCUGGUGCGGUAAAUGGUCCGGUAGCUGGCUCGGUGACAGGUGCGGCAGCUGGUCCGGUGACAGGUUCGGCGGCAGCUCCGGGGCCUGGUUCGGCAGCAGGCACGACUCCUGCUUGGUUUGUUGCUCAGAUCGUGAGGGUUCAGGAGGCGAGGGUAGGACAGUAUCUUGAGGUGCAAGGAGCAGGGUAUUCUGAGAUUCGAGGGAGUGAUGGUGUGGUGGUGAGGACGAGGAUUGGAGGAAGGGGAGGAGGCGGGGAUAGGAGGAGGGGUGGCGGAAGGGGGGGAAGGGGAGAUGUGGUGGGGAGGCAGGCUGAAAGUGUAGCUGAAACCGUUGCUGAAGCUGCAGAUGCUGCUGCUGAUGGUGCAAGUGGGUUGGUGCAGCCAGGGUCCUCACCAGGGGUGACUGCUGGGCCUGCUAAAGGAACAGAGCAUCUGGCAGGUUCCGAGAGUGAAAUGGCUUCAGGUUCUUCUUCAGGUAUUUUUUCAGGUGGUUCAGACAGUGGAGUGUCAGAGGUGGAAGGGGUUUAUGAGAGUGCGGAGGGGUCUGAAGGGGGGGAGGAGAGAGGGGAGCAUGAGGUUGGGAGAACAGAAGAGAGGGAGCAGCAAGAGAAGGAGCUGAAACAGGAAGGCAAAGAAGAAAAGGGGGCGGCGAAUGGGCAAAGGGAGGGGGAGGUGACAGGAAGCUCGGACUCACAGCUCAACUCGAAGGGGGGAAAUUCAGUAGUCAGUGCAAACGGGGAUGGGAUUCAGCAAUCACAGCCCGUUUCAGGUGACGGAGACAAGCAGAAGCAGCAGCAGUCGAAGCGAGCAGUGAGCAUUUGUCGGCCCUUCUCCAUGUUCCCAACCGCCUUCCUCUCCUCCUUGGGGUUCCUCUCUGGCGCCUCCUCCUCCGCCUCCUCCCCUUCCUCCACCUCUCCUCCCGCAGGGAAAACGUCAGCAGAGGCCCCAUCGAAAGCUGUAUCCCAGGGACCAACUGUUUCAGCAGGAGGCUCCCAAGUGGAGCCCCGCGCAGGGUAUAGGGGCAGAGAGAGGAAGGGGAAGAAUUCGGGUGGGGGGAAGGAAGGGGCGGGAGGGGGGAGGACUGGGCAGCAGGGCAGCAAGCAGCGGGCAGGCGUGAGGACAGAGGCUCCUGAAGCUGGAUCUGGUGCUGGCGGCAGCAAGAGUGGUGGAAGCAAGGAGGAGAGAAGAGAAACGGGUCAUGGGCAUACGAAGCUUGACUGGCUGGUCUCAAGGCUGGAGAAUCUAGGGGAUUCGGAGGUGCCGCUGGGAGGAGGGAUAGUGAAGAUGAAGGAACAGCAGCAGCAGCAGCAGCAGCAGCAGCAGCAGCAGCAGCAGCAGCAGCAGCAGAAGCGCAAACACCCAAUUCCUCCUCAUCUUCCCGCCCCUGAGCCUGUGAAAGCCACUCCUGCAUUGCUUUCUGCAACUGCAUCAAGAGCUAUCCCUGUCACGCAUGCUGUGCCAGCUGUGGCACCCCCUCCCAUGAUACUUGUCACUCCUCCCAUGGCUGCUCCGGUGGCUGCUUCAGUGGUGGUUGCUUCGGCGGUUGCUCCGUUCGGGCAGGUAGGUCAGCCCAUGCAAGCAGGCAUUCCCCAGUCAAAUUUUGGGCCGGUUGGAGGAGCGGGGCAGGAAGGAUUGGGGCAGGUAGGUAUGGGGCAGGUAGGAGUGGGGCAGGCAGGUAUGGGUUUUCCUAUGUCACAGUAUGGCCAAGGGGUGUAUAAUGCUCAGCCGCAGGAGGGAGCGAAGAGCCACGUGCGGAGGGACCUGCUGCUGCAGAUUCAGGCAGCCGUGCAGAAGCAGUGGGAGGAGGAGAAGGUGUUCGAGGCCACGGCCAAGGAGGGAGCAGCUGCGGGGUCUGGCCCGCGUGAUGAUCGCUUCUUUGGCAACUUCCCCUACCCCUACAUGAAUGGGCUGCUGCAUCUGGGUCACGCGUUCACCCUCUCCAAGGUGGAGUUUGCAGCGUCGUACCACCGGCUGAGGGGAGCUAAUGUGUUGUUCCCCUUCGGCUUCCACUGCACUGGCAUGCCCAUUAAGGCGUGUGCGGACAAGCUAGCACGUGAGAUGGACACAUACGGCUACCCGCCCCAGUUUCCCAGCGAGGAGGAGACGGCAGCUCUGGAAGCGCUCUCCAUUGCGGAGGGCAGUGCUGCUGCAGAGGGGGGGGAUGGGGCGGCCGCGGACGGGGCUAAGGGGGAGGAGCAGAAGGCUCCUGGGCAGUUCAAGGGGAAGAAGUCCAAAGCUGCUGCCAAGACAGGAACGGCCAAGUACCAGUGGGAGAUCAUGCGGUCCAUGGGCAUGUCAGACGAGGAGAUCAAGCCCUUCAAAGACCCUGCGCACUGGCUCACCUACUUCCCCCCUAUCGCUGUGGACGAUCUCAAGGCGUUUGGGCUGGGAGUGGACUGGCGCCGUUCUUUCAUCACCACGGACAUGAACCCCUACUAUGACUCCUUUGCACGCUGGCACCUGCAGACACUCUACAACAAGGGCAAGGUGGUGAAGGAUCGGCGCUACACCAUCUUCUCUCCUCUGGACGGGCAGCCCUGUGCGGACCAUGACAGGGCGUCAGGGGAGGGCGUACUGCCUCAGGAGUACACGCUCAUCAAGAUGCAAGUCGUGCCGCCGCUCACAGGCAAGCUCGAGGCUCUUGCAGGCAGAAAUGUUUUCCUCGCCGCUGCCACGCUGCGCCCGGAGACCAUGUACGGGCAGACAAACGCUUGGGUGCUGCCUGACGGGCAGUAUGGCGCGUUUGAAGUGAACGAAGCGGGCGACGUGUUUGUGGUAACCAAGCGAUCGGCUCUGAACCUCUCCUACCAGUUUCACUCCAAGGAGUUCGGCAAGCCGCACUGCCUGCUGGAGCUGACGGGGCUCGACCUGAUUGGGCUGCCUCUCAAGGCGCCUCUGACGCCCAACCCGGUCAUCUACGCCCUGCCCAUGCUCACCAUCCUCACGGACAAAGGCACGGGAGUGGUGACGAGUGUGCCCAGUGAUGCACCAGAUGACUACAUGGCACUGCAGGACCUCAAGAGCAAGCCGGCCCUGCGAGCCAAGUUCAACGUGAAGGAUGAGUGGGUGCUGCCAUUCGAGGUCAUCCCCAUUAUAAACAUCCCCGAGUUUGGCGAUGCAGCGGCAGUCAAAGUGUGCCAGGACCUCAAGAUCCAGAGCCAGAACGACAAGGAGAAGCUGGCCGAGGCUAAGAGACUCACUUACCUCAAGGGUUUCACGGACGGAGUGAUGCUGGUGGGCGAGCUCAAGGGGACCAAGGUGCAGGACGCCAAGCCGCAGAUCAAGAAGCUUCUGGUUGAACGAGGUGAAGCAGUACCCUACAGUGAACCAGAGAAGAGGGUGACAUCGCGGUCAGGAGAUGAGUGUGUGGUGGCUCUCACAGACCAGUGGUACCUCACGUACGGCGAGGAGCAGUGGCGCGCCCUGGCAGAGGAGUGCCUUGCGGGCAUGCAGCUUUACAACGAGGAGACCCGGCACGGGUUCCAGCACACGCUGGGGUGGCUUGAUAGGUGGGCGUGCUCACGUUCCUUCGGCCUGGGCACGCGCAUCCCGUGGGACCCACAGUUCCUCAUUGAGUCGCUCUCCGACAGCACCAUCUACAUGGCCUACUACACGCUCUCGCAUAUUCUCCAGGAGGGCGACAUCUUUGGCACGUCAGGCAAGCAGAGCAUCAAGCCGGAGCACCUCUCCCACGCCCUCUGGGACCAUCUGCUGCAGGGCGCUCCCAAGCCCGCCGAUUGCCCUGUGCCUGAUGACGUGCUGCAGCGUGCACGCGCGGAGUUUGAGUACUGGUACCCGUUUGACCUGCGAGUGUCGGGGAAGGAUCUGAUCAACAACCAUCUCACCUUCGCCAUCUACAAUCACACCGCCAUGUUCCCCAAGGAGCAAUGGCCAAGGGGAUUCCGCACCAACGGACAUCUGCUGCUCAACUCCGAAAAGAUGUCAAAGUCGACCGGCAACUUCAAGACCAUCCGCCAGGCCAUCGAGGAGUUCUCUUCGGACGCCACCCGCUUCGCCCUGGCGGAUGCAGGAGACACGGUGGAUGAUGCUAAUUUUGUGGAGGAGACUGCCAACGCCGCCAUUCUGAGGCUCACAAAGGAGAUGACGUGGAUGGAGGAGGUCCUAGCAUCAGCAGCCACAGAGGGAGGUCUGCGCACCGGAGACGAGCGAUCGUUUGCCGAUCGGGUGUUUGAGAACGAGAUCAACCUCGCUGUGGCUCUUUCCAAAGCGGCUUUCGACAACAUGCUGUUCCGCGAGGCCCUCAAAACAGGCUUCUUCGACCUGCAGCUUGCGCGCGACGAGUACCGGCUGUCGUGCGGAGCAGCGGGCAUGCACAAGGACCUGCUGAUGCGCUUCUGCAAAGUGCAGACGCUGCUGCUCAUGCCGAUCUGCCCGCAUUACGGAGAGCACGUGUGGAGAAACAUUUUGAAGCUGCCCGGGGCAGGCAUCACAGCGGGAUGGCCGGAAGCAGCGCCGGCUGACAUGACCCUCAAGGCGGCCAAUACGUACCUGCAGGACUGCAUAGUUGAUUUCCGCAAGCUCAUCACCAAGCAGGCAUCAGCGGGAGGAGGAAAAGCCAAGGGGGGGAAGGCAGCGGCAGUACCAAAGGAGGCGCCAAAGAUAGCGGUGGGGGUGGUGUUUGUGGCCGAGCAGUACGGCGGGUGGCAGGCGGAGUGCCUUGGGCUGCUGCAGAAGCAUUUCGACGCGGAGAAGCGGGUGUUUAAUGAUGAUGCUGGGCUGCUUGACGCUCUUAAAGCCAGCCCUGUGGGGCAGCGCCCGGACUUUAAGAAGCUGAUGGGGCAGUGCAUGGGGUUCAUCCGAUUCAAGAAGGAUGCUGCUCUGCUGCACGGCGCCCAGGCUCUGGACGUGAAGCUGCAGUUUGACGAGGCCAACGUGCUGCGGGAGAAUGCUGACCUCAUCAAGCGCCAGCUGCAGCUGGAUCAGUUCUCGGUGUUUCUCACAUCAGAUGCCGAUGCCGUUGCUGCCGUCAACUCCAAGGACGCCGCCCGCAUCUCUGCUGCUGUGCCAGUCCCACAGGUGUGUGUUGCACAGGUGUGUGUUCCGCAGGUGUGUGUUGCACAGGUGUGUGUUGCACAGGUGUGUGUUGCACAGGUGUGUGUUGCACAGGUGUGUGUUGCACAGGUGUGUGUUGCACAGGUGUGUGUUGCACAGGUGUGUGAUGCACAGGUGUGUGAUGCGCGGGUGUGUGUUGCACGGGUGUGUGUUGCACGGGUGUGUGUUGCACGGGUGUGUGUUGCACGGGUGUGUGUUGCACGGGUGUGUGUUGCACGGGUGUGUGCUGCACGGGUGUGUGUUGCACGGGUGUGUGUUGCACGGGUGUGUGUUGCACGGGUGUGUGUUGCACAGGUGUGUGUUGCACAGGUGUGUGUUGCACAGGUGUGUGUUGCACAGGUGUGUGUUGCACAGGUGUGUGUUGCACAGGUGUGUGUUGCACAGGUGUGUGUUGCACAGGUGUGUGUUGCACAGGUGUGUGUUGCACAGGUGUGUGUUGCACAGGUGUGUGUUGCACGGGUGUCUUGUGAGGGUCUCAUGCGUGAAGGGAAUGUUAUCAUGAGUGGGCGAGUCUAA